CGGUGGGGUUUGGGCUGCUCCUUUGUGACUGUCCGUGGACUUUUGUCGGGUGGCGAGCUACCUAGUCUGCGAGUCCGCUCUCUGUACCCGCUAGUUCCGAACCUCUGAGCCUGAAUUCGUCGUUGGUCCCCUCACUCGAAGCCCCGAGAGGAGUGUGUGGGGCGCGGGCGGGGGCCCGUGAGCGUAACCUGAAAUGUGGGAUGCUCGCUGAGCCUGCCUGACCCCGAUUCUGGGGGUGCACAGGGGGCUCAGCGUGCGUGACCGUGCAGCCGGGAGUGCGUGGGUGACCCCACAGGGCUCCCCUGUAGGCUGGGACCUGCGCCUCUGGGCCUGGCCUGGGGUCUGGCAGGUUGCACAGCUGCCCACGCGUCCGGGGAACACUGCCGAGGGGCGCCGUGGAGACCCCUGCCUGGAAGCCCCAGGAGACAGCUCUUCCUGGAGAGGAGGACAUGGCCAAGGCACAGGGCCCAGUGACAUCCCAGGACGUGGCUGUAGAGUUCAUCCAGGAGGAGUGGGAGCACCUGGGCAGCGCUCAGAGGGCACUGUACCGAGAGGUCAUGCUGGAGAACUAUAGAAUCCUGGCUUCCCUGGCAGGGUGCCAGGAUUUCAAGCCUGAUGUGAUCUCUCAGUUGGAACAAGGUGGAUUUUUGCCAUGGAUGCUGUGAAGAGACAUCCCCAGGGACCCCUCUCCAGACCAAAAGACCAGAUCUAGAACUGCAGAGUCAAAUCUGAAGCAAGUAAUUUCUGAAGAAUUAUCCCAGGCUGUGAUAAUCAAUAGAAGUAAAAGAAAUGGAAUCUGUUACUCCACCAGGGAAGUCCCAGGAUCGCUUGGCUCUUUAGAGAGCCAUCCAUGGCAGACAGCAUUUACCCAUAAGAAAAUCCUAACUCAAGAGAACAUUUGUGAAGAUAAUGGGUUUGAAUUUAGACAGCAAUCAAACUUUGUUACUCAAAGCACAAUUCCUUCAGGGAAAACAAUGUGUAAAGAUGACAGUUAUGGCAGUAGCUUUUCACAUACCCUGGAUCUAAGUAAUCAUCAGAGAAUCUACACAAGGGACAAGCCAUUCAAACGUGAUCAGUGUCAGGAAAACAUUAGCUGUGGUUUGGAUCUCGCUCAACACCAGGGUAGUAAUACUGGAACUAACCCAUACUUCAUUAGAUACCAGAAAUUUGGUGCUAGAGAAAAGCCCUUCAAAUGCAGAAACUGUCGUAAAUCUUUUAGCAGGGGCACACACCUUAUACAGCAUGAAAGAUGUCACACAGGAGAGCGGCCAUAUGAGUGUAAUGUAUGUGGGAAGUCGUUCAGCUGGGACUCAUCCCUUAUUCUACAUCAGAGAACUCAUACUGGAGAAAAACGCUAUGAGUGUAGUGAAUGUGGAAAGGCUUUCAGCCAAAGUACAUGCCUCACACAACAUCAGAGGACUCAUACAGGAGAGAAACCUUAUGAAUGCAAUCAGUGUGGGAAGGCCUUUAGCCAAAGUUCACAUCUAAUUCUGCAUCAGAAAACUCAUACUGGGGAGAAACCCUAUGAAUGUAAUCAGGGUGGCAAAGCCUUUAUUCAGAGCAUUCAACUUACUCUGCAUCUAAGAACUCAUUCUGGAGAGAAACCUUAUGAAUGUACCGAAUGUGGUAAAACCUAUAGUCAUAGCUCAUCCCUAAUGCAACACAAGAGGAUUCACACUGGAGAAAAACCCUUUGAAUGUAAAGAAUGUGGGAAAGCCUUUACCCAGAACAUUCAGCUUACUUUACAUCUGAGAACACAUACUGGAGAGAAACCUUAUGAUUGUACUGAAUGUGGCAAAGCCUAUAGUCAUAGGUCAUCCCUUAUUCAACAUAAGAGGGUCCAUACUGGAGAAAAACCCUUUGAAUGUAGUGAAUGCGGGAAAGCUUUCCGGUGGAACACACAUCUUACUCAACACCAGAGAAUCCAUACUGGAGAGAAACCUUAUAAAUGCAAAACAUGUGACAAAUCUUUCAGCAGGAGUACACACCUUAGUCAACAUCAGAGAAUUCAUACUGAAGAGAAACCCUGCAAGUGUAAUGAGUGUGGGAAAACCUUUGGUCAGAGUGCAUGUCUGACUUAACACCAGAGGAUGCAUACUGGGGAAAAACCCUACCAAUGUAAGGAAUGUGGAAAAGCCUUCACUGUAAAAUGCAUAUCUUGCUCAAUAUCAAAGGAUUCAUAAGAGAAAGAAACCUUUAUUAUGUACCAAUCACAAAGAAUUCUGACUGGAGAAAAAUUCAGCAAAUGUUUUUCAUGUGGGAAAUAUUUCAGCAUAAAUACAGGUGUUCCUCAACCUGAA